AUGGCUGGAGAGAGCUCAAAGGUCAAGGCCAAUGGUGCUGGAAAGGCUGCGCUGCCUAUCGACAUCGACGGCCACAAUCUGCCGCCUUCGCCAGCACCAAGCUCGCCACGCAAUGGGCGCAAGUAUGCGCUGAUGACAGAGCUGGUGUACACGGAGAGCACCGACCAGUACAACGCCAGCUCUGUGCCCAUCUAUCAGUCCGCAACCUUCAAACAAGACUCAGCCACUGGCGGCGGCGGAGAAUACGACUACACGCGCUCUGGCAAUCCCACACGAACACACCUCGAGCGCCAUCUUGCAAAGAUUAUGAGCGCGAAUCGUGCCCUCGUCGUCUCCUCGGGCAUGGGUGCGCUCGACGUCAUCACACGCUUGCUCCGUCCUGGCGACGAAGUCGUGACCGGCGACGACCUUUACGGUGGCACCAACCGUCUUCUUAAAUACCUGUCUACCCAUGGCGGCAUCAUUGUCCAUCACGUUGACACGACAAACCCCGACUCUGUCCGCGCCGUCGUCUCCUCGAAGACCGCCAUGGUGCUCCUCGAAACCCCCACAAACCCCCUCAUCAAAAUCUGCGAUAUUCCCGCCAUAUCCGCCAUCACCCACGCUGCGAGCCCCUCGGCUGUGGUUGCAGUGGAUAACACUAUGAUGUCGCCCAUGCUGCUGAACCCGCUAGACCUUGGCGCAGACAUUGUCUAUGAAUCUGGCACCAAAUAUCUCUCCGGUCACCACGAUCUCAUGGCCGGUGUAAUCGCCGUCAACGAUUCUGCAUUGGGUGACAGGCUCUUCUUCACUAUCAACGCCUCGGGCUGCGGUCUCUCCCCUUUUGAUUCGUGGCUCCUCCUUCGCGGAAUCAAGACGCUAGGAAUUCGCAUGGAAAAACAGCAAGCCAACGCGCAGCGCAUUGCCGAAUUUCUUGAAUCCCACGGCUUCAAGGUCCGCUUCCCCGGUCUCAAAUCCCACCCACAGUACGAGCUGCAUUGGAGCAUGGCGCGGGGUGCGGGAGCCGUCCUCAGCUUCGAAACUGGAGACGUGGAUAUCAGCGAACGCAUUGUAGAGAGCGCACGCUUGUGGGGAAUCAGCGUGAGUUUUGGGUGCGUAAAUAGUUUGAUAAGUAUGCCGUGUCGCAUGAGCCAUGCCAGUAUCGAUGAGAAAACGAGGCGGGAGAGAAACAUGCCCGAGGAUAUUAUCAGGUUGUGUGUCGGAAUUGAGGACGUGGAGGAUCUUUUGGAUGAUUUGAGCAGAGCCCUCGUACAAGCUGGUGCAGUCAACAUCACUCCUGGCGGCUUCCACGCCCUUGGAUCUACCGCUGCGCAGACCAUCGAAGCAACAUCGACCGCGCCUGCGCCUGCGCCUGCAGAGUCUUGA